AUGAAUUUCACUCACACCUCUUAUCAACGUGAUUACCAUCAGCGUGGUGGGAGUGCAGAGCUGGGGGUCUUCCCACAGACAGGGCCAGCAGGUGAAGACCAGAAGCGGGGUGGCUCUACCACCAGGAAGCUAAGCUACCAGUCCUGUCGGACUUGUCCUGCCCGGGAGGAACAGGCGCAGGUCCUGGCUCUCCCAGUGUCCUCCCAGGUGCCGCCAGCAUCAUGGACACCUCGUGGGCUCUGCCACUCCUGCUCCUGGCAAACCAGUCCCACCCUUUCCUCCUCCUCUUCGGACUCCAUCAACUCCUCCUCCCAAGGCCACACUUCGAAAGCGCCCCCCAUUAACGGCGCCAGCCUCCCGUCUCCAGGGUCACCGGCCUCUGCUGGAGCCUCCGAUUCCCGCUGGUCUCCAGAGGCCCUGGAUCCGAAGGCGGUGCCGCAGUCCUUAGGGUCAGAUGUUUCCAGCUCAGGUUUCACCUUCUCUGAAACGCCUGGCUCUGAAGCAUUUCCUAGCACCCUGGACCCUCAAGUUCCUGCCAGAGGCCCUGCACGUCCCUCCUCCGUUAAGACCCCAACUUCAAACACUUCCACUCAAGUCCAGGACACCAAAGUACCUGCUGGGGCCUCAGGCUCAAAGCUCCCCACUAAAGACCUGGACCACGAACACUCCGGCGGGAACCCCGAAUCCAAAGUUUCCCUGGAGACUCACCCAGCUGUGAGCUUCCCCCAGCAGGUGGGGGGACCCCUGGCUGUGCUGGUGGGGACCACCAUCCGGCUGCCCCUGGAUCCAGUGCCCCAACCCGGCCCCCCUAACCCCCUGGUGGUCUGGCGUCAGGGCUCCAAGGUGCUGGCCGCUGGCGGCCUGGGGCCGGGGGCCCCCCUGAUCAGCCUGGACCCUAAGCACCAAGCGCGCCUGCGCUUUGACCAGGCACAGGGGGGUCUGGAACUGGCCUCUGCCCAGCUGGAUGACGCGGGCGUCUACACGGUGGAGGUCAUCCAGGGCGGGUUCGCUCGGCAAGCCCGGGAGUUCGUGGUGGGCGUGUUCGAGCCCCUGCCCCAGCUGUCGGUGCAGCCCCGGGCCCCAGAGACAGAGGAGGGGGCGGCCGAGCUCCGGCUGCGCUGCGUGGGGUGGAGGCCCGGCUGCAUUGUGGAAAGGUCGGGAAGGCCUAGAAGUGGCAGAGCCGGCAAGAGGAGAAGCGGACAUGCACGGGCAGAUCCGCCCCCCGGCUCCCCACAGUGCUCGGUCGAAGGGAAUCCCAGGGACCGCAGCCUCCGCUUCCGCUGCUCUUGGCUCGGCGGGGUUCCCGCCGCCUCCCUGGAGUUCCAGGGUCUCCCCCAAGACGUCCGCGCGGGCCCGGCGCCCUCCGUGCUCCAGGCCACCGUCCCCGCCCACCCCCGGCUCAGCGGCGUCCCCGUCACCUGCUUCGCUCGCCACCUGGUGGCCACGCGCACCUGCACUGUCACCCCGGAGGCCCCCCGGGAGGUGCUGCUGCACGUGCUGGUGGAAGAGACUCGCUCAGGGGAGGCAGAGGUGGUCCUGCGGGCCUCUGGCUGUCCCCCACCCUCCCGACCUUCCUGGGCCCGGGAAGGCAGGCCCCUGGCUCCGGGAGGCGGGGGUCGCCUGCGGCUCAGCCAGGACGGGUGCAGACUCCUCAUUGGCAACUGCAGCCUGGACUGGGACCUAGGCGAUUACUCCGUGCUGUGCAGCGGGGUGCUGGGGGCCGGGGGCGACCAGAUCACCCUUAUUGGCCCUUCCAUUUCCUCCUGGAGGCUGCAGAGAGCCCGGGGCGCAGCAGUGCUGACCUGGGAUGUGGAGCGCGGGGCGCUGAUCAGCCGCUUUGAAAUCCAGGCCCGCGCAGAGGGGGCGGAGCGCAGCAGGACCACCGAUUACAGCGACUGGAUCUCCCUGCUCGUCCUGGGGCCGCAGGAGCGGUCAGCCGUGCUGUCUCUCCCCGCUGGGAGCCCCAGGACCUGGGCUUUGCGCAUCCUUCCCCUACUGGGGCCGCAGCCGGGGACUCCAUCUCAAACCCGAAUCUACCAGGCAGGUCCCAUCCUGAGUCCCGGGGCCAUCGCUGGCAUCGUCCUGGGCUCUCUAUUGGGCUUGGCCCUGCUGGUCAUACUCAUCCUCCUGUGUGUCUGCUGCCUCCUGCGAUGUAGAGGAAAGUCUAAUUUGAAAAAGAAAUAUCCUCCAACCUUGGCACCUGCGGUCACCACACCAGAAAAGGAGACAUACGGUGUGACCCCAGUGCAGACCCCACAACUGCUGCCCUUCAGAUUUCUGCAGGAAGACCCCAGCCCAGCCAGGGCCCAUCCAGCUCCCGGCCCCAAGGCCCCCCAGGUGGUCAUCUCUCCAGCUGGGGGCCCCAAAACUGUCCGAGCAGCCACGCGGGUGUGAAGCCACACCAGGAGCCGACUCUGCCCUGGGCAUCUGGGGCCAAGACUUCCAGUAGGGCCUGCUGCACCUGGGAGUUGGACCCCAAAAGUGAGACUUCCCGUCUUCCUCUCUGGUUGGAGAAGACUCAGCCUGUACCUGUGCAUCCAAGCGGCGUGGCCCGCACAACCUGAGGCCCUGCAGCAGACAGGCUGGCCUGCCGUGCCGCUCCCCGCUGGAAGCGGAACCUGGCCGGGUCUCUGGCGAGGUCCCUGGCCUCCCUUCUCCUCCGCUUCUAGCUCGGCUCCCAGAGGCAUCAUGGAAGGCAGAUCAGAUCGCCUCUGUCGUCUCUUUCAAGGCUUCCAGGGCUGCGAGCUGCCUCCCCGUCAGGUGUCACCCAAGCCCUCCUCCUGACCUGGCUGUGGCAGCGGCCGUGACCGCCUUCCUGGCACUGACCCCUCCUCUGCAACACAGUCUUCCUCCCCGCCUUACUCUGCUUCUCCAGGGCUUUUCCCAGACCUGUCUUCUCUCCUCCCUUACUUGCAAGUUCAAGGCAGCCAUGCCCAUCACAGGAGACCUUUUCCUUUACCUGGGUUGCAGGUUACGUCCUGGCAUCCCCGGACGUCCCCCUGCUCAUCUGCAGAUGUGUAAUUCCUCAGAAGUUCACGAAGACUCAAACUACACCGUUAUCCGAGCACUUAACACAGGCCUGGCACACACCAGACAGUCAGUACGCCUCGCUGACUGAUCAGGGGUUUUGGUGCCAGGCAAGGCUGAGGCUGCCUGUGCUCUCCCCAGCUCGGUGCCUUCCUGCUUCUGCUGGGUUUUGAAUUUAGGGAGUGGGCACACCAGUGAGCAAGAAACAAAAAUGGUGACAAGAAAUAUGAAGGUAGGUGGCUUCAUCCUGGCUCAGCGACUCAGUAGCCCCAUCGUGGACCCAGAAUCUUUGAAAUCUUUCAGCUCUGCCACUUUUUAGUGGGAUGGCUUAGUUUCUCCCCAUGUUGCCUCCUGUAGUAAAAUGGCUGCUGCAGUUCCAUUUGUCACAUCUUCACAUACCAGUAUCCAAAGACAAAAGGAAGAGGGCAUGGCUCCCUUCCUGUAAAAUCAGGUUUUUCUCUCUCUCCCUUCUGUGUGCACCCAAGCAAAGAAAGGGGAAGAAAAUAAAGUAUAGAC